CUUCCGGUUCCUGCGGCGUGCCGAGCCAGCCAGGUCAGGGGUCAGGGAGUGGGACUGCCUCCCUGGCCCGGGCCGGCUCGGCAGGGCUGUGUGAUGGCCUCGGAGCGCCCGGAGCCUGAGGUGGAGGAAGCUGGGCAGGUGUUCCUCUUAAUGAAAAAAGAUUAUCGAAUCUCCCGAAAUGUUCGUCUGGCUUGGUUUCUCAAUCAUCUGCAUCAAACUGUGCAGGCCACGCCCCAGGAGCUGCUGCUUCAGUCUGAGCAGGAGCUGGAAGUCCUCAGUGUCCUGCCCCCUGGAUGGCAGCCAGAUGAACCAGUGGUCCCAAGGCCAUUCCUUCUUGUACCUUCCACUCGGGUCACCUUCCUGGCUUGGCAGUAUCGAUUUGUCAUUGAGCUGGACCUUAGUCCAUCUACUGGCAUUGUGGAUGAUUCCACAGGGGAGAUCUUGUUUGAUGAAGUUUUCCAUGCACUGUCCCGCUGCCUGAAUGGGCUGCUGCGGCCCUUCCGAGUUCCUGGAUCUUGCAUUGAUUUCCAGCCUGAGAUCUAUAUAACUAUCCAGGCCUACUCUUCCAUUAUUGGCCUACAGUCCCACCAGGUGCUGGUGCAGGGUUGUCUUUUGGACCCUUCCCAGAGGGAGACAUUCCUGCAGCAGGUGUACCAGCAGCUAUGCCUCUUUGAAGAUAAAGUGGCUGCCAUGCUGCAGCAGCAGUAUGAGCCCCAGAGCCAGGCAGAAGACCAGUCCCCAGACACAGGGGAGUCCUUGGGCCGGAAAGUAGGCGUCUCCAUGGUUACAGCUGAUCUUGGGCUGGUCAGUAUGAUUCGUCAGGGCAUCUUGGCAUUGCAGUUACUGCCCUCAAAUUCUAGUGCAGGGAUCAUCGUGAUUACUGAUGGGGUAACCAGCGUCCCUGAUGUUGCUGUCUGUGAGACACUCCUGAACCAGCUUCGCAGUGGCACUGUUGCUUGUUCCUUUGUGCAGGUGGGAGGAGUUUACUCUUACGACUGCAGUUUUGGCCAUGUGCCCAAUGUGGAAUUGAUGAAGUUCAUUGCAAUGGCAACAUUUGGCUCCUACUUGUCCACUUGUCCUGAGCCGGAGCCUGGAAAUCUAGGUCUGACUGUCUACCACCGGGCAUUUCUACUCUACUCCUUCCUACGCAGUGGGGAAGCACUGAACCCCGAAUACUACUGUGGCUCUCAGCACCGUCUGUUUAAUGAGCAUCUAGUCUCUGCAAGCAGCAAUCCUGCCUUGGCCUUGCGCAGAAAGAAACACACUGAGAAAGAAGUGCCAGCAGACUUGGUCAGCACUGUGUCUGUACGACUCCGAGAGGGCUACAGUGUCCGAGAAGUCACACUGGCCAAGGGAGGGACCCAGCUGGGCGUGAAGCUGGUGCUGCUGUGGAAGCACAACAUGCGCAUUGAGUAUGUGGCCGUGGCGCCCUGGCCCUUGGAGCCUGGGGGACCUCGAGGAACACGGGUGGAAGUGACAAUGGAAGGUGGCUAUGACAUUUUGCACGAUGUGUCCUGUGCACUAAGGCAGCCUAUUCGCUCACUGUAUCGUACCCAUGUUAUUCGCCGUUUCUGGAACACACUACAGAGCAUUAACCAGACGGAUCAGAUGCUCGCCCACCUUCAGUCCUUCUCCUCAGUGCCAGAGCAUUUCACACUUCCAGAUAGCACCAAGAGUGGAGUGCCCCUCUUCUACAUCCCUCCUGGCUCCACCACCCCGGUUCUGUCCCUUCAACACAGUGGUUCUGACUCAUCCCACGCCCAGUUUGCUGCUUACUGGAAGCCAGUGUUGUCCAUGGAUGCUAACUCAUGGCAGCGAUGGCUACAUAUGCAUCGCCUGGUGCUAAUCCUGGAGCAUGACACACCAAUCCCCAAGCACUUGCAUACCCCAGGCAGCAAUGGACGCUAUAGCACUAUCCAGUGCAGGAUCUCACACUCCUCACUGACCUCUCUGCUUCGGGAUUGGAGCAGCUUUGUGCUGGUUGAGGGCUAUUCUUAUGUCAAACUGCUUUCCAGUGCUCCAGACCAGCCCCCAUCCUCCUUCUACAUGGUUCGCAUCAUUUCCAAGACCCCAUGCAUGGUUCUUCGCCUGGGCUUUCCAAUUGGCACACCAGCCCAGGCCCGACACAAGAUUGUGUCAGGCUUACAGGAAGAGAUCCUGCGCCUUCGUUUCCCCCACAGGGUGCAAAGUAAGGAGCCAACACCCAAGGUUAAACGAAAAGCGCUAGGGGGCACUGGUGGGGGCAACUCUCCCUCCAAGUCACCCCCCAUGCUGGGGCCACAGCAGGCCCUUUCUGACCGGCCCUGCCUUGUGGUCCUCCAUAAGCCACUGGACAAGCUCCUCAUCAGGUAUGAGAAGCUACCUCUGGACUACAGGGCACCCUUCUUGCUGACACUGGAGCCACCAGGACCACUGCCUUUGGUGUCGGGCCGCUCAGCCUCCUCUAGCCUGGCAUCGUUGUCACGCUACCUCUACCAUCAGCGCUGGUUGUGGAGUGUCCCGUCAGGCCUGGCCCCCACACUGCCACUCAGCGCCAUCGCCCAGCUCCUCUCUGUUCUCACUGAAGUCCGACUCUCAGAAGGGUUCCAUUUUGCCUGUAGUGGAGAAGGAAUCAUCAACAUGGUUCUGGAGCUUCCAAUUCAGAAUGAGCCACUUGGGCAGGCUGCAGCUGAAGAGAAGCACACAUGCGUUGUCCAGUACAUCCUCUUCCCCCCACACUCUACCUCCACCAAAGACAGCUUCUCAACAGAUGAUGACAAUGAUGUGGAGGUAGAGGCUCUGGAAGGUGACUCGGAGCUCAAUCUGGUCACCGAGGUGUGGGUGGAGCCUCAGUAUGGGAGAGUGGGGCCUGGCCCUGAAAGCUGGAAGCACCUGCAGGAUUUGACAUACUCGGAGAUCCCUCAGGCUCUCCACCCACGAGAUGCCGCCUGUAUAGGCUCCCUGCUGAGCUUUGAAUACCUGAUACAGUUGUGCCAGAGCAAGGAAUGGGGUCCUCUGCCCCCAGAGCCACCUGUCUCAGAUGGUCUGGACCAAGGAGGAGACACCUGUGUCCAUGAGAUCCCUUUCCAUUUUGACCUGGUAGGACUGCUGCCACAGUGCCAGCAGCUACAGAUGUCCUUCCUUCUGCUCUCCAGAGAGCCAGAGGGUGUCCCUCUCGUCGAGGGGCCCUGUCCCACCAACGACAUGGUGCUGUGCCUGCUGCACAGCUGCCUGGGGCAGGAGCUGAGUGACCGGGAGAUCCCACUGACCCCUGCUGACCAGGCUGCCUUCUUGAGUGAUGUGCUGCGGCGGAGCUGCCCCGAUCCAGGUACAGAGGGGCCUCCAAUGGGAGACCACAGGAUCUUGAAGGGUCAAGCAGUUGACAGCACCCAGACCACUGGAGACUCAGCCCCUCGUGCCCUGAAUGUGGGUAUUCCUGAAACUCUCAGGCCUUUCAUCUCUGCCCAGCCCCCUCAGUGGCACUGUUAUGCAAGGCUUGUGAGCCCCCAGCAUGUGUUUCUGACUUUUCUCCCAGCUACCUUUACAGAUGUCCAAAUUCUGGCUGCCUAUGGCUUAGAGAAUUCCUUCCAAGAAGAAAUAAAGUCCAAGUUGGAAGAGUAUUGUGGAACUCCUAACCUGAAAGAUCUGGGAGGAACUGGGGUCAGAGCUACAAAGUCCCAAGUUCCCAUCCUCAGUGUAACCCUAGCCAGUGAUGGUGCCCAGAAUCUAGGAGAGCUGAACCCACCUUCCCGUCGGGACCCACAGAUUUACACUGGGCGUCAGGCUUCUCAGACAGAAGGUUCAGAUGGACCACGAACAAGGUGUCCUGUUUACAUCUAUAGCUGUUCUCUAGAAGCACUAAGGGAGCAAAUGAUUGGUAUACAGCCCCCUCAGGCACCUCGCGACCUUGUCUUCCGGACUCAGUUCCUAAGCCACCCCUCCUCAUCCUCAGCCUGGAUGGAGCCCAGGCACAAAGAAGCCGCCACCCAUUGUGCCUUGCUGCAGGAGCAUGCACAGCGGUGCUACGUCCGUGGGCUGUUCCGGAGCUUGCAACAAGCACAGAGUGUAACCUGCCAGGAUUUGCUGAUAGCUGUAGAUGCCUGUGAGGAGCUACUGCAAGAAAUAGACAUCACAUCUUUUCUGCUCGCACUGUGUGGCCACUCUUGGGGUUUGCCUCAUGUACCUCCAAGCCCUGGUCCUCUCAGUCCAGGACCCUUCAGCAGUAGCAUCGAGGAGGGACCAGAGCCUCGGGAACGAGCUAUCCUGGUUUCUGAAUCCAGUAUAGAGACUGAAGACCUAAGUGAGCCUGAAUUUCAGAGCACCCGUGUCCCUGGCCAUCCAGACCCUGGCCCAGAGAUCUCUCUGACAGAUGUCUGCCAACUCAGAGGAGAAGCACAUAAUGCCCUUCAUGGCCUCAUUCAGGAGAAGUUCCUGGAUAUCAGUAGGCUCCACUUCCGCACAGUGCCCUCCAAUCCCCACUACUUCUUCUAUUGCCCUCCAUCCAGCAGGAGAGAGGACGAGGGCCCCCGCGACACUGUAGACAGAAAAGUCAGUGACCUGGAGUUUUCAGAGGCUGAGCUCAUGGGAGAAGAAGGAGACACAUCUGCUGGCUGUGUGGUCACUGAGAGUGACCCGGAGCUGGAAGUUGAGUACCGUGAAAGCCGUGAACCAGACCUGGAGCCUGCUGGGCUCGACUCUGCCUCGCUGUCAGAUGCAGACACUGUGAACCCUGAUGAAGAUUCCUUCAGUAUCUUGGGAGGCGACUCCCCCACUGGACCUGAGAGUCUUGUCCACGACCUGCCACCCCUCUUCCUGCACCUCACAUGCUCUGUGCGUCUGCGUGGGCAACACAGCUCAGUACCUGUGUGCAGCCUUCCCACCUGUCUGGGCCAGGUGCUUUCCAGUCUAGAGGGACCCCCAGUUGGAGGCCGAGUUCCCCUGAGGGACCUCAGUAUCACUUUGGACGUCUUUGUGCUGACCUUGCCCCUAGAAGUGGAGCUGCCCCCAACCUCAGACCUUCAGCACCACCGGUCAACAUCUGAGAGCAGUACCUCAUUCCCACGGUCCCCAGGGCAGCCAUCAUCUUUAAGGUCAGAUGAUGGCCUGGGCCCCCCGCUGCCACCCCCAGAAGAAGAGAGGCACCCAGGACUGUCCACCUUGGCCACACCCCACAGACUGGCUAUUGAGACCACUAUGAGUGAGAUUCGGUGGUUGUUAGAAGAUGAGAUGGUGGGGGCACUCCGAAGAGGGGGCAUUCCCCAGAGCCCUGCCCUCCACCGAGCGGCUGCUCACAUCCAUAGCUCUCCAGGACGCUCUACCUGCCUUCGCCAAACUCUUCCACUGAGUUUUGUGUUUGGGCCAGAACGCUCCCUCACACAAUUCAAGGAGGAGUUCCGCCGCCUCCAACUACCUGGCCAUGUUCUUCUUGAGGACCCUGACAGUGGCUUCUUCUUUGUGGCCAUUGGCCAACAACCCAGUGGGCCCCAUGGGGAGCCCCCUUCAGCAGCCUGGGUUUGGCACAGCCAUGAGGAUAGGGCUGAAGGCAUUGAAGAGGAGGCAGUCAGUCCUCAAGCUCCUGGCUCCCCAGAGGGUUCUGAAGGCACUCCUCUCAUUGGCCUAACCAGCCUGUCACAGGGAGGGAGUCAGCCUGGGCCUAGCCGGGGACUGAGUCUCACGUCCAGUCAAGGCAGUGUGGAUUCAGACCACCUAGGUUAUGAUGGUGGCAGCAGUGGCUCAGACAGUGAGGGUCCCAGUGAGACCCUCGGUGAGAAGGCCCCCUUCACGUUGCGGACUCCACCUGGGCCAGUACCUCCACAGCCUUCAAUUUCAGGCCUUCCUGGGCCCUGCCUGCCUGAUUUCUGGCUCAUCAUCAGGAUACUGCAGGAUCGUGUGGAAGUGUAUGCACAUGCACGGAGCCUGAUUCGGGAGGAUGGUGGGCCUGGCACCGAAUGUCGCCACCUGCAACAACUUGUGGUGAGGCGAGUUGGGGAGAUCUGUAGAGAAGUCAACCAGCGACUGCUUCUUCAGGACCUCCAUGACAGCCAUGUGUGUAACUCCCUUCUGGUGGCUGAGAGUGAAGAAGAUCUGUGGCGCAGCGAGACACUCUUCCAUUCUCGUCAGCGAGUACCACUGCCCAGUGACGAUUAUGCUGCUGAUGAGAACUGUGCACCCCGAGGAUACUUAGCAGCCACAAUGCAGUUUGUCCCAGGCCAUUUCUCCUGUGAUGUUGUAUGGGGAACUGUGAUCCGAGUCCAUUCACGCCUCAAGAUGGGUCCCAGUAUGGGGGUUUCUCGGGCUAUCCAGGCCCUGCGCUCUGUGCUCAAUGCCUUCUCUGUAGUGAACCGAAAGAAUAUGUUUGUUUACCAGGAACGAGCAACUAAGGCUGUGUACUAUCUUCGGCUCCUGGAGACAUCCUGUAGUGACCGGCCAUGGGAAGGGGAUACUCUGCCCCCCUCCCUAGCUCUGUCCCGAAGCCAAGAGCCCAUCUACUCUGAAGAAGCCUCAGGUCCUCGUUCUCCUUUGGACAUGGCUUCCAACCGCAGUUCAGAUGCAACUCGCCCUGUGGGCCAAGUGGACAGACAUAUCCAGCUGCUGGUGCAUGGCGUAGGGCAGGCAGGUCCUGAAAUCACGGAUGAACUGGUGCGGGUUCUGCGUCGGCGUCUGGAUGAAGCCACGCUGGAUGUCAUCACGGUCAUGCUGGUCCGGAACUGUAAGCUGACCCCAGCAGAUGUGGAGUUCAUCCAGCCUCCUGGAAGUCUUCCCUCAGAGGUACUGCAUCUGGCCCUGCCCCCAUCCUGCAGACCCUGGCUUCCUGCCUUGGCCUGGUACUUGCGGCAGAACCUACUCAUCUUUCUGCACUCUCCCAAAUACACAGACAGCAACAGCCGGAACCACUUCCAACAUCCGCUCCCACCACAGGGUGGUCUCCACGACCUGGACAUCUACUUGUAUAACAAGCCUGGUGGACAGGGCACCGGGGGCAAAGGGGUUGCCUGCAUCACUCUAGCCUUUGUGGAUGAAGGUGGAACCCCCAUAUCACUGGCAAUGUGGCCCCCCUCUUCUCCUGUAUCUCCAGACCCAUUGAAAGAGGAAGAAUUUGAGCAACUGACUCAGGUCAUUCGCUGCCCAGUCACACUGGACAGUUCUUCAGCUCAGGAUGGGUCCCCAAGGCUUCGACUAGACGUAUGGGAAAAGGGGAACAUUAGCAUUGUGCAGCUGGAGGAGAAGCUCCGGGGCGCAGCUCGCCAGGCUCUGGCUGAUGCCAUCAUGGAGCUACGGCUGCUCCCUGCUUCACUGUGUACAGAGGACAUACCUCCAGGAAGUGUCAGGAGCAGUUCUAUGGAAACCAAGAGCUCUGCAUGUCGACCCAGCACCUUUCCUCCUGCCCCUGUCCCUGGGGAGCCUGUGACUCCACCCAGCAAAGCUGGCCGACGUAGCUUCUGGGAUAUGCUGAGCAAAACAGAAGGUGGAGAUUUGGGUUCCCCAAAAACAACGGAUGACAUUGUUCUGGAUCGGCCAGAAGAUACCCGAGGUCGAAGGCGUCAUAAAACUGAAAAUGUUCGGACCCCAGGUGGAACGGAGCGGGCAUCCGGCUCAGAUUCUGGAGCCCAGAGGCAGAGACGCUGGACAACACAGCUAGAGGAGGGUGAGGUGGGGACUCUGCACCCAGUGUUUGCUCAUGUCAUUCAGCGCUGGAUGGGAUUUAUGGUUCACAUUGGUUGUGCCUCGGUGUCCAGAAGCUCCACCCACAUGGUGUCCCGUUUCCUCCUUCCAUCCAUCCUGUCUGAGUUCACCACUCUGGUCAUCUCAAUGGCUGGAGAUACCAGUGUCCGUGUCUUUGAGCAGCAUUUGGGUUCAGAGCCCAGUGUCUUCAGCCCUUGUUCCCCUGGACAGCUGGGCCCAGCUCCCCACCCAGCAGCAGAGCGGCACCUGCUGCUUCUGGGAAGGAACUUUGCACAGUGGAGGAGACCAACUCAGCAGGCUGCCAAAGCUGUGCAGCGCUUUGAGUCGGGAGGUGACGGAAGCUCAGGGAGGAAUGCUCCCCGACAGAGGCUUUUGCUGUUAGAGGUUAUGGACAAGAAGCUACAGCUGCUGACCUAUAAUUGGGCUCCAGACCUGAGUGCAGCAUUGGGCCGAGCAUUAGUCCGCCUUGUGCAGUGGCAGAAUGCACGGGCCCAUCUCAUCUUCUGCCUGCUCAGCCAGAAGCUUGGGCUAUUUCAUCACUGUGGCCAGUUGGACUUCCCUAUGCGAGAUGCAAAGGAGCCAAACCCGUUCCUGUUGCCAACCAUGGAAGUGGAGACCCUCAUCCGCAGUGCAAGCCCUCCGCUGAGCCGUGAGCAGGGCCGACUGAGUGGGUGCUCGCGUGGUGGGGGUCCCCUUCACUUAGACACAUUUCCCUUUGACGAGGCCCUAAGAGACAUCACAGCUGCCCGCCCCAGCUCCACGGGUGGUCCUGUGCCCAGACCUCCUGAUCCUGUCACCUACCAUGGACAGCAGUUCCUAGAGAUCAAGAUGACAGAGCGCAGAGAGCUGGAGCGCCAGAUGAAGAUGGAGAACCUGUUUGUAACCUGGCAGCAGCGUUCUGCCCCAGCCAGCAUGCCCAUCAGUGCUGGAGAGCUGGAGACCCUGAAGCAGUCAUCCCGCCUGGUGCAUUACUGUGCAACAGCCCUGCUCUUCGACCCAGCUGCCUGGAUGCAUGGACCCCCAGAGACCUCUGUGCCCACUGAGGGGCAGCGGCGCCAUCGCCCUGAGCCAGUGUCUGGGGGCCGAGAGGUUCCCACCAGCUGUGAAUCCUUGGAUAUGCCUCUGCCAGGAGCCCGUGAGGAGCCAUGGCUGAAGGAGCUGAGCUUGGCCUUCUUGCAGCAGUAUGUGCAGUAUCUGCAGAGCAUUGGCUUUGUGCUCGUCCCACUGCGGCCCCCCUCACCAGCUCGCAGCACCAGCCGGCUACGGGCCAUGGCUGUCCUUGGAACAGAAGGUCGCGGCUCCUUCUCCUGCCCUAAAGCCAAGACUGAGGGGAGCCCCAAGAGCACUGGCACCCCAGUUACAACCUGCCACCUGCAGCGGGCACUUCCUGGAGGUAUCAUCCUCAUGGAGCUGACUUUCCAGGGCUGUUACUUCUGUGUCAAACAGUUUGCCCUGGAAUGUUCCCGAAUCCCAAUGGGGCAGGCUGUCAACUCUCAGCUGUCCAUGCUGUUCACAGAGGAGUGUGACAAGGUACGAGACCUGAUGCACGUGCACUCUUUCAGCUAUGAUUUCCACCUGCGCCUUGUCCACCAGCACGUGCUUGGCGCCCACCUGGUGCUGCGGCACGGCUACCACCUCACCACCUUCCUGCGACACUUCCUAGCCCACCAUCCGGAUGGACCCCACUUUGGCCGCAAUCACAUUUACCAAGGGACAUUGGAGCUUCCUACACCACUCAUUGCUGCUCACCAGCUGUACAAUUAUGUGGCUGACCAUGCCAGCUCUUACCACAUGAAGCCACUGCGUAUGGCCCGGCCAGGAGGCCCGGAACAUAAUGAAUAUGCCCUGGUAUCAGCAUGGCACAGCUCUGGCUCCUACCUGGACUCUGAGGGACUUCGCCAUCAGGAUGACUUUGAUGUGUCUCUACUGGUCUGUCACUGUGCUGCACCCUUUGAGGAGCAAGGAGAAGCAGAGCGGCAUGUUCUGCGGCUGCAGUUCUUCGUGGUGCUCACCAGUCAACGAGAACUCUUCCCCAGACUCACUGCUGACAUGCGCAGGUUCCGGAAGCCUCCCAGACUACCCCCUGAGCCAGAAGCUCCUGGCAGCUCUGUUGGUAGCCCUGGGGAGACCUCCGGCCUUGUCCUGGCCCCUGGACCAGCUCCUCUGUUCCCACCACUAGCUGCAGAGGUGGGCAUGGCACGGGCACGGCUGGCUCAGCUGGUCCGGCAGGCUGGCGGGCAUUGCCGGCGUGACACCCUUUGGAAGCGCCUCUUCUUGCUGGAGCCACCAGGGCCUGACCGACUGAGACUUGGGGGACGUCUGGCCCUAGCCGAGCUCGAGGAGCUCCUAGAGGCAGUCCAUGCCAAAUCCAUUGGGGACAUUGACCCCCAGCUGGAUUGCUUCCUGUCCAUGACGGUCUCCUGGUAUCAGAGCUUGAUCAAGGUUCUUCUCAGCCGAUUCCCCCAGAGCUGCCGCCAUUUCCAGAGCCCAGAUUUGGGAACACAAUACCUGGUUGUGCUAAAUCAGAAGUUCACUGACUGUUUUGUUCUCGUGUUUCUGGACUCGCACUUGGGAAAGACGUCUCUGACAGUGGUUUUCCGAGAGCCCUUCCCAGUGCAGUCUCAGGACAGUGAGAGCCCCCCUGCCCAGCUGGUCUCCACCUACCACCACUUGGAGUCUGUCAUCAACACCGCCUGUUUCACCCUCUGGACCCGCCUCCUCUGAAGAACUGGAACACUGAUUCACUACUCGUUGAGUCAAAACUGACCAGCACUUAUGGGCCCCAGAGUGAGCUCAGACGGGGAGUAACACUGAAGAGUUGUUACUGUGUCUGGGGAUCUCCCCAGAUACAACUACUGAACAGUCCGGGCUCCAGAGGCCCCUGGGCUCUCCAGAAGAGAAUGCCUUCCUCCGUGGGUGGCAUACCAGGAGUUCUUCACACCAGGUGGCAUGUCCUCACCACCCCUUAGAGCUCUGCCUGAAUCCUGCCUCAGUCUGGUCACUGUCAGCCACUUGCACCCUUGGCCCUCUGGUCUUUAUUCCCACUUAGCCAUCACUACUGGAAAUUGCCAUCGAGAUAAGACACUGGUUCUAAUCCCAGCUCUGCCUCUGUAGCACUUGUGACCUGUGACCUGUGUACCAUUUUCAAGCCCCACGCCUAUUCUCUAACCCUUGAUUCCUCAUCUGUAGAUGAGAAGUAGGGCUCAAAAGCUCCUGUAGCCACAGCAACCCUGGCAUUAACUGGAGGAUUUGAGCAUGAGCUAUGUGUCCUUUCUCAAUGGGAGGGAAGCAACCCAGAUACUGAAGUCUUAGACACUGUGUGUCCCCACAUCUGUAAUAUACACGUAUAAAAACGUCA